AUGGCGAUGGCGGCGUCGGCCUCGCGUAUGAGCAGGCCGCUGAUUUGUGCGGUCUCUACUACUAAAGAUUUUGUGACAGUUCUCAAACAGAAAUCUCAAGAUCUUGUAAUUAAGGAAAUGACAAUUGCAUCCACUGAAUCUAUAGAUAAUGCUGUUCAAGAAGCAACAUUAUGUGAAAUAUUGGUGGCUGAAAAUGAUGUAAUAUCAAAGGUUCUUGAAAAUCCAGGAAAGUUAAAAUGGAUUCAUUCAACUUGGGCAGGAGUAGACAAACUAACAGCACAGUGGAAAAAGCUUCCAGGUGUGAUAUUGACUAGAACUGGGCAUGGGUUUGGGCAGCUCAUUGGCGAGUAUGUGGUGGGUCAGAUUAUCAGCUGGGAGCGAGACUUUCACAGUUUGAUGGCCUCACAGAGAGAUAGGCACUGGAAAAGGAAUGUUGGGAAAACUAUACUACCCCUGACAAGAUUGAACAUUGGCGUGCUUGGGGUGGGUGAAAUUGGGAAAAGAGGGUGGGACAGGUGUGAAGAUGUUGAUGGGUACAGAUUGCUAGCAGACUUGAAGGACAUCCUUGUAAACUGUGAUUACAUUUGUAAUGUAUUGCCAAGCACUCCAGAAACAGUGGGAUUGCUCAACAAUGGAAUGUUGAGAAACUGUGAGGCAAAGAGAGCAGUAUUUAUCAAUGUGGGAAGAGGGGAUGUCAUCUCUGAGGAUGAACUGAUUCAAGCAAUUCGGUCUGAGUGGCUAGGAGGAGCUAUACUGGAUGUAUUUGAGAAGGAGCCACUACCUGCAGAUAGUCCCUUGUGGACAGAACCUGGAGUUAUUAUCACCCCUCACUGCUCAGGCCCAACCAUCACAUCCCUGGCCACAGAUGCUUUUCUUAUCAACUACAAACGCUAUAUGGAGGGAAAAGACUUGCUGUGGAAGUGUGACUUUGAAAGGGGUUAUUAAGAGAAAUAUGCCUCAAUGAUGAUUUACCUGUGAUUUUAAUUUAGCAACAAUGAUGAAAUUGAUGAGGUGUAUCAUUUAAUGAUGAAAAUACCACAAUGAAAAU